AUGGCCAAUAAUCAUGACCUCGCCAGUUGCGUGCCGCUAUUUGCGUCUCAAGAUUGGCUCGAAGCCUUAUUUGAAUCUAACGGGAGGUACUAUACUUGGGCUCGCGAUGAUCAUACCCUGCUGCGCAUCUUCCGUAAUGAUCUGGAGGAGAUCAAGCAAAUAAUCACUGACUGGGGACAGGGGGCACUUCACUUGGAGUACAUGGGGCCGGUGUAG